AUGGCAGGUUCCCGAAAGUCUUUGCUUAAAAUAGAGCCAAGUAGUGAGCUUGACUUUUUCGGUCCAUUUGUUGCCGUUCAAUUGUCGACAAUUACGUUGACGAAUCCAACUGAUGAGUUGAUCACAUUUAAAGUAAAGACUACCGUUCCAAAGCGCUACUGUGUUCGUCCCAGUUGUGGAGUUGUCGAACCUUCGGAAACAGUUAAUGUGACUGUAAUGCUUCAGCCGUUCGACUGCGAAAACAGCGAGAAGAAUAAGCAUAAAUUCAUGAUUCAAUCCAUGGUUGCUGACUCUUCUUGUACAGCCAACUUGGAACAGUUUUGGAAAGAUGCGGAUCCAGCUAAUAUUAGUGACACUCGUCUUAAGUGCACUCUUAGAAUGCCUGAGGAUCUUGUUAAAUGUGAGCCAGAAAGGCUUGUUUUUGAAGGCAAGUAUCGAUUAUUACCUAUUAACUUGAAAACUUUACAAGGUCCUCCAGGCGAAUCUUCCUCCGUUACUUUGACUGUUCGUAAUACUUCGCCAAAAGAUGUAGUUUUCAAAGUUAAAACCAAUUCUCCAAUGCGAUAUGUUGUUACCCCUAAUGAAGAUAUUAUAAAAGCCCGUGAAACAAAAUUAAUAAAAGUUUCGACUGUUGCCGGCGUUGAAUCAUCUGGUGAAUCGAGAGAUCGUUUGGCACUUUUAACUGUUUUAGCUCCUGAAGAAAUGCCUCCUUCCCUCAGUCAAGUCUGGCAAAUUGUUGACAAGUUCCAUGUUGCGGAGAAAUUCUUUACGUGUACUUUCCCUGGGCAAGAUCGGGCUUCCACUUCUUCUCCUGUUACUUCCCUUAGCCAGCUCACACAGGAAAUCGAAAAACUUCGUAAGGAAAACGAAGAAUUGAAGUGCCAGGCCGCGAUGAACAGAUUGGGUCGCGAUACUCAGAGUCAUCUACCAGUUGGUACGACAAAUGCAUCUGCUUUGGAGACACUACGUAUGAAUAUCCCACCGAUUCUCUACCUUCUCAUAACCUUUUUGUUCGCUCUGGCUGUGGGAAAGUUCAUGCUCUAA